GAAUUGCUUCGCUUUGUGCAUUCUGAUGAAGUGAACUUGACAGGAAACAACGUGAUGGAAGUACUUUACAUUGCAAACAAGUAUGAUAUGCCAUUUCUUGCCAUAAAAUGCAGAGAGUACUUACAAGAAUGUCUAAAGCCUGAAGUAGUGUUUAUAGUUCUUCCUCAAGUGCAGAAAAUGGGCGACCAAGAACUAGAACAUUUCUGCUGGAAAGUUAUUGACAACAAAACCCAUCUCGCGAUAUCAUCCAAACCAUUCCUUGAAAUACCUCGAGAAAUGCUGUGUCAAGUCUUAACUAGAGACUCUUUGAAGGUUAAGGAGCUGGAGAUCUUUCAAGCUGUUGAUAAAUGGGCAUCUAAAAAGAUAGAAGAAGGAGUUUUAGAAAACACUGGAGAUUCUAAACGAGCAAUUCUUGGAGAAGAUAUAAUCAGGCUUAUUAGAUUUCCUUUGAUGUCCUUCCAAGAGUUUGCCGAAGUGGUACUUCCGUGCGAAAUUCUGAAAAGAUGUGAGCUUACAGAGCUGGUUCAAAUCAUCGGUAAAGUGGCCUCAUCAACCAGCAUGUUUAGCAAAAAGCACAGAAGAGGAUCAGGAGUUGAAGUAUGUUUAAAGAAUCGUUUCAGCAUUAUUAAGUCUUCAUCGGGUUCAUGGCACUAUAAAGACAAAAAAGUUGAUGCAGUUAACUUUACUAUCAACAAACCCGCACAUCUCAGUGCUGUGAAACUCUUUGGAAGCAAUGGCUCAACGUACACCAUUGAAUUGGAAAUUUUAGAAAGAGAUCAAAUAAUGUCAAAGCUAUCGUCUUCAUAUAUCUGUGAAAUGGUGAAUGAUGAAUAUUAUGGAUUCACUGCUAAGCUUGAUGAGCCAGUCAGCCUUGAACCAAAUAUUUCUUAUACUAUAAAAGCCAAGAUUCAAGGACCAAUUUCUUAUUAUGGUAAUUCUGGUAAUCAGGUCGUAAAUAUGAACGAUAAAUUUAAAAUAACAUUUCAAAGCUCAGACAAGAGCAAAAAUGGCACAAAUGUUGAAAGAGGUCAAUUCCCAAGCCUCAUUUUCCUGUGCUAAAAUCAUAACAUGAAUUGUUGACUUCAAAAUGAGCACCAUCAGUUCCCAUAAAUCCUGGACAUUUUUCGAUUUUCCAUAUAUGACAGGGAAUUGAGUGUUAUAAAUUAUAGAAAUGCACUAUCUUCGAUGGAAGUAAUGUAAUAAAGAACUUAAAAACAUUAUAAAGAAAGAUCAAACACCACGAAGAAAUCCAAACAGGCAGACCAACUAAUCAAACUCAUCAGAUAUUCCCCGAUAUCCGCAACGCAAAACAUGGCCCAAGUGAUUGCCGAUCAACGCGUGGUGCUUUGCCUGUGAUGAAAUUCAAAAAAGCUGUGCGAACUAGUGUAGAUCAUAGUUGUUCUUCAGAAUCUCAUAACCAUUUUAACUCCCUGGUCCAUGAUUUGAUAUUUGAAAAUAACAACCUAAAAACUCUGACAAGACAAUAUCCCAAGGCUUUGGAUUUUUAUGCUAAAAAUAUAAACAGUUGCAUGACUUCAAAUCACCGGGAGAUUCCAGAAAAAAGGGUUUCCUAGAGUUGUAUAAUGUAGGGUUAGUGUUGCAAGAAGUACAUAACCAUAUGUACUUGGCACUUCAAUGUUAGUUAUGGCUGCUACUCGAGUCUCUACAGCGCGCGCGAUAGUGGAAUAUAUUAUGACGAUCCCGCGAGCAAUGAACGUAAUCGACAUGGAAAGACUUUUAUAAUUUCAAAAUAACAUUUUUUAAAACCUCUGAUAAGUGCGCUUCUUCCUGACAGAUUCUAAGCCUCAUUCUCGUGUGGUAAAAUCAUGAAUUAUCAACUGAGCCGAUCAUCACGUGACAAAAUCCAGACAUUUUUCUAAGAAUUUUUUUAAAAACAUCGGGAUGCACGAAUAUAGAACUUAAUAAAGAUGUUAUGUUGUGUUAUUAGGUAUUGAAAUAAAACUCAUUUAAAUCA